AUGGAUGGUGAUCAAAGAAGGUUUCAUAGGCAGUACAAAUGUUUGGAUGCUUGCAAGAGAGGGUUUAUAGAAGGAUGUAGGCCUCUAAUAGGUAUGGAUGGAGCUUUUAUUAAGGGACCACAUCCUGGACAAUUAUUGGCACUAGUUGGAUCGGAUGGAACAAUGGAAUGUUUCAUAUAG